ACCAAUAAUACUAGUGGGACUAGUCUCAUGUCCGGUACAAAUCUUUUUUUUUUUUCAUAUAGCUAUUGAUAUUCGUCAAGCUAAUUUUCUAUUUGAGCGGCAUACUCAUCGAGCUUUACAAAAUGAACGAUUCCGAUCAUUAUUGUGGAUCUGGAAGGGGCCCACAAAAGUCCAAAACUGGAUGGACCAAAGAAAAACUGGACGGGAGACUGGUCAUGCUAUUGGGCAAAGGCUUUGUCUUGUCUUAGAUUUUAGAAGUAUAUAAAACCACCAAAUUUCUCUUAAACAAAAAUGAUUAGGAACCUCUCAGGACUAAUCAUGGGAAGAAAGUUCCAAAGCUCCAAGUUCUAUGGUGUGUGUCUCUUGCUUUCUGUGGCUCUUAAUCUCUACUUUUUCAUUAACCUCCAUUUGAUUAGGGGGAAGUGGAAUAAUAAUGAUCAGCUGAGUUGGAGCCAAAAGGCUGAAGCAGUGGCAGCGGUUUCAUGCUCAGGCCAUGGUAGCGCCUACUUGGAUGGCUUGUUUGUUGAUGGAAAGCCCAGUUGUGAGUGCAACUCUUGCUUUGGAGGCCCUGAUUGCUCUCAAUUCCCUCCUGAUGAUUGUGUUGCAGAUGCAGAUGGUGGGGAUCCUCUAUUCUUGGAGCCCUUCUGGAUGCAACAUGCAGCAAGCAGUGCACUGGUGGUGGCAGGGUGGCAUAGAAUGAGCUAUGUGUUCGAGAAUAACUCUCAUAUUUCCCAUGAGCUUGAGAAGCACAUCAGAAGAGUGCAUUCCAUUGCCAAAAAUGCAGCAACUUCUGGAAAAUACAUUGUUUUCGGAGCCGGAUCGACCCAACUCCUUAAUGCCGCGGUUUAUGCCCUUUCCCCUCAAAAUUCAUCCUCCCCUGCAAAAGUUGUGGCUUCCAUCCCUUAUUACCCAAUUUAUGAAACUCAAACAGGCUUCGUCAACUCCGUCAAUUUUGAGUUUGAAGGAGAUGCAUCAUUGUGGAAGAACAGUACUUCAGAUAGCUCCAUAAACGUGAUCGAGUUUGUAACUGCACCAAACAACCCGGAUGGCAAACUGAACAAACCAACUCUUCAAGGCCCAUCUGUUAAGACAAUUCACGAUCUUGCCUAUUUUUGGCCCCACUUUACGGCGAUUCCAGCCCCAGCAGACGAAGAUCUCAUGAUUUUUACCAUUUCUAAGCUCACUGGUCAUGCAGGCUCCAGAUUUGGGUGGGCAGUGGUGAAGGAUGAAGCUGUGUACCAAAGAAUUGUGUGGUACAUGAUCCUAUCUGAGAUGGGGGUCUCUAGAGACGCUCAGUUAAGAGCUCUGAAGCUUCUGAAAGUAGUUUUAGAAGAAGGAGAAGGAAACGAAAUAUUCGAAUUUGCAUACCAAACAAUGAGGAAGCGCUGGGAAAGACUGAGUCGGGUUAUAUCUAUGUCGAACCGUUUUUCCAUCCAGGAAAUUCCUCCUCAGUUCUGCACCUUCUUCCAGAAAGUCAGGGGACCUUCUCCAGAGAUCCCAGUUAGGAUUCUACAUAUUUCUAAGCAAUUAUAUCUACAGAAUGCAGCUUAUGCAUGGUUGAAGUGUGAGUGGGAAGAAGAUAAGGACUGUAGUGCAGUACUCAGGGGAGCUAAUAUCCUUAGUCGCAACGGAAGCAUGUUUGCUGCCAGAAACCGCUAUGUACGUCUCAGUCUAAUCAGGACAGACGACGACUUUGAGUUUCUUCUACACCGGAUGAACAAUCUAGUCUCUGACGAAGACGGUAGCAAAACAAUGUGAAUACCACAAUCAACAUCUGUUGAUUUUAUGUUCAACGCACACUCCUUUUGUACUAUAUUCACUGUGCAGACCCAUAAGAAAAAGUCAUGUCUAUUGACCUUUCAAGGAGCAAACAAGUAUUUCAGUAUCAUGCCAAUUUUCUCUGCUAGGGAUCUUUAUGGCAACUAAAUCCUAGGGCAAGUACGGUUAUGAACUACUCCAUUAUCAGAAAGUCUUAUUCAAAAGGGUUGAAAUGAUAACUACCCACAAUAGUCCUUAUCCUAUUUGCCUGAGCCAUCUGCUUAAACCCUUAAUGAUUCCGUCAUGCACUGUUUUAGGGUAGUUCAUCUUAAACUGAUCAGUAAGUUCUGGACUCAGAGAUAGUAUGCUCAAUUUAGGCUAACUUACAACACUAAGCAUCUGUUCCCACCUAAAUUUUGAAAAAAGAUUAAAAAACUGGAAGCUUCUUCCUUGUUAGUCUGAAACCUCUUGACAAGUUUCCAACCAAAAUACCCUUAUAAUACAAUUUUAGAUGUAAUAUAUUUCAUUAACUAGUAACAUUGGGGAGAAAAAAGGUUGAUUUCUUUAUAGAAGGGGUGAAUUAGAUAUCUAUAGAAAAAACUGCUUCUGAUAGGGACAAAAUAAGUACCAGUUGUCUGUGGAGUCGGACAAUACCGCAUUUUCCUAUGGCUUUUCAUUGACUGGCUUGACUCUUAUCAUCAAGUGAACAAACUCUUGAGGUAAGUAAGUACAACUAAUUGAACAACCUCCAAUGGCCGAUAUUUUUUCCUAUGGCUCCAUUUAUUAUGAAAUAUCUGAAGUAGUUCAAUGAAGAUGUUUACGCAAAAGUAUUAAUGCUAAAUCCAAUGAAAGGGGCACUCCAAACCAGAAUCGCACUCUGUGGUUUACAUGGGAAAAGAUAUAUA